AGCCACCUGCUCUUCUGAGUGCGGCAGGGCCAAGUGUGCAGAGUCUCAGAGUGGAGGGAGGCCUGACCGGUACAUCUUCAUCUCCCUGACGAAAGGCACGCUGAGGUAAACCAGAUGGCCUGGUGGAAAGCCUGGUCCAUCGAUCGUCACAAAAACCCAGGAAGUGCAAGUAAGGAGAAAACAAAUGUCCAACUGAGGAUCUAAGGACCCAGAGCUACAGAGGAGACGUGGCACGGGGCUGCUGGGUGUGUAGGAGCGGGUGGAGGUGUGGUCCCCACGGGGAAGCUGGCCGUGGGAGUCUCAGGAGACAGAUGAGGCUCCCAACACCGAAGGCUGGAGUCCAGUCUCUAGAGCCUCUUCUUGCUGCCCCACAGUCAGCACGGAGGCUCUGGCAGUGGCCACAGUGCCAUCCACCUUUGAGGUCUUUCCCUACACCGUCUGAGCCUUCCAGCCCCAACUCCCCAGGGCUGGCACUGGGGCUGAGAGCUGGGAUUCCACCUCUUAGGGUGGCCGGGUGGCGCCGACCCAGUCCUCCUCAGGAGGCCCCUCCUUCCAGCCUGAGGGCCGAGCUGGCAGGACAGGCCUCCCCUUGGCCAAGGGGCUAAUAGGCACGUGGGUCUUCUGCAGCCCUGACCUGAGAGGACCAUAUGGCAACCUAGUGCAAAGUGGACAAAGGUGCCCCUUCCUCAGCACGACCUGAUGGAAACUAGCAUGUCCAGAAGCUGCGGCCUCUCCUGGGCCUCCCCUCACCCUGGAUGGAUGGGCAGGGCCAGGACGGAUGGAGGCUCAGCCGCUGGUCUGCAGGGGUCGAGCUGGUGCUCACCCUGCUGGGCUGGCUGCAAGGGGCGCUGCCUUCCCCACAUUCCUGCUUUGAGCAGGCGUGGCUUCUCUUGCAGAUUGAACAGAAGGGUGUCUCGGUGAAGAGCAGUCGCCACUUCAACCCAGACCCCGACGCAGAGAACCUCUACAAAGCUAUGAAGGGGAUCGGCCAUCAUCGAUGUGCUCACACAGAGAAGCAACGCACAGAGACAGCAGAUCGCCAAGUCCUUCAUGGCUCAGUUUGGCAAGGAUCUCAUCGAGACGCUGAAGUCGGAGCUGAGCGCCGAGUUCGAGAGGCUCAUCAUAGCCCUCAUGUACCCUCCAUACAGAUACGAAGCCAAGGAGCUGUACGACGCCAUGAAGACUGCCACCAAACACAGACUGGCCUCCGCCAUCAUCUGGCCUUGAUGGAGCCAAAAUUCGUCCUUCUUAGGACAUUGCUAGACCAGGGCUUAGGAACCAGAGAGGGCGUCAUCAUCGAAAUCCUGGCUUCUCGGACCAAGAACGAGCUGCAGGAGAUAAUGAAGGCAUAUGAGGAGGACUAUUGGUCCAGCCUGGAGGAAGACAUCCAAGCAGACACCAGCGGCUACCUGGAGAGGAUCCUGGUGUGCCUCCUGCAGGGCAGCAGAGAUGACUUGUGUGGCUUCGUGGACCCAGGACUGGCCCUGCAAGAUGCACAGGAUCUCUACGCAGCGGGUGAGAAGAUUUGUGGGACUGAUGAGAUGAAAUUCAUCACCAUCCUGUGCACGCGCAGUGCCACACACCUGAUGAGAGUGUUUGAGGACUAUGAGAAAAUGGCCAGCAAGAGCAUUGAGGACAGCAUCAAGAGUGAGACCCACGGCUCACUGGAGGAGGCCAUGCUCACAGUGGUGAAAUGCACCCGGAACCUCCACAGCUACUUUGCAGAGCGCCUCUACUAUGCCAUGAAGGGAGCUGGAACUCACGAUGGGACCCUGAUAAGAAUCAUCGUUUCGAGGAGUGAGAUUGACUUAAAUCUCAUCAAGUGUCGGUUCAAGGAGAUGUACGGCAAGACCCUCAGCAGCAUGAUCGUGGAAGACACAAGCAGCGACUACAAGAAUGCCCUGCUGAACGUGGUGGGCAGUGACCCCUGAGGCUCAGAAGGACAAGAGCAAAGGCCAAGAAGGUGGAGCCGCUGGGUCCUGCUUGCUCAACCUUGGCCACGGAUGGGGAUGGGGGUUGGGGGAACCACAGCACAGCUUUCAAUCCUCUAUCUCCCAGCUUCCAGUGCUUUCCAGCCAGUUUCCCUGACCCAGAAGUAAGGAGCAGCCUGGGGCUCCUACUUCCACUGUCUUCCCAAGUCAUUUUCAGGUGUGAGCACAUUGCCAACCUUAGCAUAUAUCUGAUCUGACAAAUACCUCAGCAUGAAGGGGUCGACAGGGGCUCGUGAUGAUUUCUUUCUCCCUACCCAGGAGCUUCCCAAGCCUGACUGAUCACAGAGUCCCCUAGGCUCUCAGCCCACUCCCAUCUACUAAUCUGAGAUCUGCAGAGAAUAGACCAGACAAUAUGGAAUUUUAAUAAGUGUCUCAGCUGAUAUGCCUCUCUUUCAGGCAACCAGAGAAGGCCGUGAGAGCCUGUUUCUUUCUGAACACAUGCUUGUGGGCAGCUGAGAAAGGAACACAUAUAUCCAGACCAAGUGGGCUAUCACCAACAUUCAUUCACCAGCUUCAUUUUAAAAUACUAGGCUAUACGUAGAAGAAAAAUUCUCUCAUCAUCCUACCAACAGAGAAAGCUGAAAAUUAAUGGCCUGACACAAGGACACUGUGUUCUAAGAGGCUUGGGCUUCUCUAGUCCUUGACCAAAUUAGUGCUCCUUCCUCCCAUGAUGCAAGCCUGGAGAAUCUCUAAUCCUCACCAAGUGGCAAUAGGAACUGGUUGCAGGAGAAGCUGAGAUAGCUGUGUUGUGCUUUUCAGAACAAUAAAGAUUUGUACAUUGGAA